AUGGAAAGAUCUAUAUGUAAGAUAAUUGUAAUGGGUGAGGAAAAGGUUGGAAAGACAUCAUUGUUAAAUCUCUAUGUUAAAAAUCAAACGUUGAGUAAAAUGUAUAAGCAAACGGUUGGUGCAGAGUUCUUAUCGAGCGUGAAGAGUGUAAGUGGUUUGAAGUUGACUGCACAACUCUGGGAUAUCGCUGGUAGACAGACGUUCCGACAGAUUACGUUCACCAACCUCUAUAAGGGCGCCGAUGCUCUGGUGCUGGUGUUCGAUCUGACCGAUCUGAAAUCGUUUGAAAACCUUGAUGGCUGGCUAGAGGAAUUCAAGCUGUCGGUGUGCACACAAUACAUCAAAAACGACCUUGGUGACUCGAGAUUCGUCAGGCUACCGAUGAUGUUAAUCGGAAACAAAUGUGACUUGGUUGACAAACGUGUUGUCACCAGAGAAGCUGUAGAGCAAUGGUGCCAAUCCAAGAGUAAGCUUUCCAUCGAGUAUUUCGAAAUGAGCGCAAUGUUUAGAGAGACCGUAACUGGUCCAUUCGAUUCCUAUCUACUGCCAGCGAUAGUCGAAUAUCAAAAUAGACACCAUCAACUAGAGGAAUUACCACAAUCACCAAGACUACGUUCGAUUCCAUCUGCAAAAGAUAAUAAAAAAGGUCAGAUUUAUUAA